GACGAUAUUACAAUGAGGGUCUCUGUCAUUUUGCACUGGCUCAUUGGGGGACUUUUCUUGGGCGCAGUGUUGUACAUGUACAUGUGUCUCAACUUGGGAAAAACUACCGGUAAAGGAAAAGUUUCAGUGACGACCAAAUCUACAAACUACACACGACUGUCUCAAGAUAUUCCAGACAACAGGAGUCUUGCAGAGAAAAGGCAGUCUGAGAGGAUGGCUCUGAUUACAGAAUACUGCAGGAAACAUGACAGGAGAAACAUUACCUUCCCUACACUAAGACGUUUUGUCGUCAACGAAAGACACAAACUCCUGUACUGCCAAGUCUUCAAGACAGGGAGCACAACAACCUUAACAAUCUUACACAACCUGGAACACAGGAGGAAAAAAAGCACAUUUGGAAUGAGGAAGUCUCUAGACAAACUCCCGUUCAAACGUCUGAAGUUUAACUACACGAAGGAAGAAGUUCGCUUGCGAUUUGAAAAAUACACCAAACUCCUUAUUGUCCGUCAUCCACUGGAAAGGCUGGUAUCAGCAUGGAAAGACAAGUUUGUUGAGGCACCGUCACGGUUUUGGUACAGAAAACACUAUCAGUCUAUGAUGGAGACUCUAAACACAGAUACAGACAUGCUACAGGUGUCAACUGAGAACAUAACCAGCCAACUGGUGCCUUUCCAGGCCUUCAUCAAGGCAGUAGGAACCAACCGGACAGACUGGCAGGACCUACACUGGGAACUCAUCUCUAAUCUCUGUACACCCUGUCAGAUUCACUAUGAUUUCAUUGCUCACACGGAAACCCUAUCGGAUGACUUCCCGCUUUUCUUCAAGAAAGCCAACAUCUUUGGUCGUGACGAUCUUCUUCCAAAAACUCGAGAAAGAGCAGGCAAAAGGUUAUUCUUGGAUGUCUACAGACAAAUUCCCCUGGAGGACUUACACAGAAUCAAGCUGAAAUUCACAGCAGACUAUGACAUGUUUGGGUACUCCUUUGAUGAAGAUAUCACAGACAUGUUAGAUCGUUGA